GCCUGCGAGGCCGCGCGCUGCCACCUGAGAGAUGAUGCAGGACGUGUCCAGCUCGCCAGUCUCGCCGGCCGACGACAGCCUGAGCAACAGCGAGGAGGAGCCGGACCGGCAGCAGCCGCCGAGCGGCAAGCGCGGGGGGCGCAAGCGGCGCAGGGGCGUCGGAGGCGGCGACGAGCCGGGCAGCCCGGCCCAGGGCAAGCGCGGCAAGAAGUCUGCGGGCGGCGGCGGCGGAGGCGCCGGCGGCGGCGGCGGCGGCGGCGGCAGCAGCAGCGGCGGCGGGAGCCCGCAGUCGUACGAGGAGCUGCAGACGCAGCGGGUCAUGGCCAACGUGCGGGAACGCCAGCGCACGCAGUCGCUGAACGAGGCGUUCGCCGCGCUGCGGAAAAUCAUCCCCACGCUGCCCUCGGAUAAGCUGAGCAAGAUCCAGACCCUCAAGUUGGCGGCCAGGUACAUCGACUUCCUCUACCAGGUUCUCCAGAGCGACGAGCUGGACUCCAAGAUGGCAAGCUGCAGCUAUGUGGCCCACGAGCGACUGAGCUACGCCUUCUCGGUCUGGAGGAUGGAGGGGGCCUGGUCCAUGUCCGCGUCCCACUAGCAGGCGGAGCUCCCCACCCCCUCGGCAGGGCCAGAGACCUAGAUGUCAUUGUUUCCAGAGAAGGAGAAAAUGGACAGUCUAGAGACUCUGGAGCUGGAUAAC